AUGUGUGCAGUGAUUUUUUUAUUCGCAGUAUUCUGCCUACAAAAUAUACAAGGAGCAAAGCUAGGAGAUAAUGUAAAUAAAACAAAUGUGGGAGAUAUAAAGGGAAUGGAAGUGCCUGAUGAUUUCCUGUUGAUCAUAGAACAAUUACGAAGUAAUUCGAGUUUGAUUACGAACGCGUUGGCGACGGCGAGACAGAACCAGGAUAGUCAAAAUGGGACCUCUACGAACAAUAGGCGUUGUGUAUGUGACAAAGGUGUUUGUAAAUGCUGUACUGGUUACUUCAUGGACUUGCUGAAGCAGAAGGCUUGUAUGCGAGUCACUUAUCACCCGGGAGACUUUGCGUUCGACGUAGCCAUGUCGCUCAACAACAGGGUGCUCUAUGAAAACUCAAUGUCAGGAAAGAAUCCACGACCAAUAUGCAUCAGUCCCCCAAGGAUAAACAACUUGAAAGUUUGCGCGAAGUUCUACAACGUUUUUUUCCCGGGUCGAACUUUCACUUCUGUUUGGCAAUGACAGGACACUGGCGGUCAUUCGAACUCUUCAAUUUCGCUUUUGACUGCCUCCGGAUGGGAGCUAACGGAAUAGCGAUGGUUAGACCGUAUGAUGAUGUUGGUAUUCCGAUAGCCAACCCUCAAGGAGGAGUGGAUGCUGUAGUGGAUGCCGGGGAGGAUGAUAUCGAAGAUUAUGAUGAAAACGUCGUCAGGUCCAUACUCAACCUCUUCGACCGAAGAUAG